AUGUGGACACCAUUUAAGGGAAUAAUUCAAGAUGUCAAAGGAAGAGCUGAAUGCUAUAAACAAGAUUGGGUUUGCGCAAUCUGUUCUGGCGUUAGCAUAUUGGCUCCAACUUUCUACAUAUUCUUUGCCUCUGCUCUGCCUGUUAUUGCUUUUGGAGAACAACUUAAUAGGGAUACAGAUGGAAGCUUGAGCACAGUGGAAACAUUAGCAUCUACUGCUAUUUGCGGAAUUAUCCACUCAUUAUUUGGUGGCCAGCCUUUGUUGAUUUUAGGAGUUGCUGAACCCACUGUUAUAAUGUAUACGUAUCUCUACAGUUUCUGCAAAAAAACGCCAGAACUUGGUGCCAAGCUCUUUCUGGCUUGGUCUGGUUGGGUCUGUGUUUGGACGGCACUCUUGUUGAUUCUGCUUGCUGUUUUCAACGCUUGCACAGUUAUAACUAGGUUUACAAGAAUUGCAGGGGAGUUAUUUGGCAUGCUAAUUACUGUUCUUUUCUUUCAAGAGGCUAUUAAGGGACUGAUGGGCGAGUUCAGAACACCCAAGGCUGAGAAUCCUGCAUCAGAGGAAUUUCAAUUUCAAUGGCUGUAUACAAAUGGGUUACUUGCAAUCAUUUUCUCUUUUGGUGUACUUGUCACUGCCCUUAAAAGCAGAAGAGCAAGAACAUGGCGAUAUGGAACAGGGUGGCUACGGGGUUUUAUUGCAGAUUAUGGUGUUCCAAUGAUGGUAGUGUUAUGGACUGCACUAUCUUAUAGUGUACCAGGCAAAGUUCCACAUGGUGUUCCUAGAAGACUGUUUUGCCCGCUUCCCUGGGAAGCUGCGUCUCUCUAUCACUGGACAGUAGUGAAGGAUAUGGGGAAGGUACCCUUGGUUUACAUACUUGGGGCAAUAAUUCCAUCUCUGAUGAUAGCAGGUUUAUACUUUUUCGAUCACAGUGUAGCUUCUCAGAUGGCUCAACAGAAAGAAUUUAACCUUCAAAAGCCAUCUGCUUACCACUAUGACAUUUUACUGCUUGGAAUAAUGACUCUGAUUUGCGGUAUCCUUGGCCUUCCUCCUUCAAAUGGCGUCCUUCCACAGUCCCCCAUGCAUACAAAGAGUUUGGCAGUUCUUAGGAGGCAAUUGAUCCGAAAGAGGGUGGUGAAAAGCGCCAAGGAAUGCAUUAAGCAACAAAGGACUAAUUCUGAAUUAAUCGGAAAGAUGCAAGCUGUGUUUAUAGAAAUGGAUACAGCCCCUACCGUUAAAGAAUUGGAGACUUUGAAGGAAGCUGUAAUGAAAUCUGAUAACAAGAAUGGUGAAAAGGAAAAAUUUGAUCCUGAGAAACACAUAGAUGCAUAUCUACCAGUCCGGGUUAAUGAGCAAAGAAUGACCAAUUUAUUGCAGUCCCUCCUGGUUGGCUUCUCAAUCUUGGCCAUCUCUGUUAUCAAAAGAAUACCUACCUCGGUUUUAUGGGGAUAUUUUGCUUACAUGGCAAUUGAUAGUCUCCCUGGAAAUCAGUUCUGGGAAAGGAUACUGCUUCUCUUUAUCACCCCAAGCCGGCGUUACAAAAUUUUGGAAGGUUCUCAUGCCUCAUUCGUGGAGACAGUACCAUUCAAGACCAUAGCUGCAUUUACAGCCUUACAGUUUGCAUAUUUUAUGUUCUGUUACGGGGUGACAUGGAUACCUAUAGGUGGAAUAUUGUUUCCGCUACCAUUCUUCCUUCUCAUAAUUCUAAGAGAACGGUUGCUUCCAAAGCUAUUUAAGCCAAGCCAUCUUCAGGAACUAGAUGCUUCUGAAUACGAAGAAAUCCUUGGUGCUCAUCAUGGUUCCCUUAGUGUGCCACUGAGGGAAAAGGAGCAAAAUGAUUCUGAUACUGAUGGAAGCUCGGAAGAUUUCUAUGAUGCGGAGAUAUUGGAUGAGAUGACAACCAACAGAGGAGAGUUGAAACUUAGAACUGUAAGCUUCAAUGAUAGAAACCUGAGCUUCAGUAGUAACAGCUUCAGCGAAGAUAGACACUUUCAGGUUUACCCUGAUGGUGCUAUCUGA